AUGAGCCUCGAGAUCGCCACGGAACCGCUAGCUGCACGUUUGACGAGAUGCGGCCAUUCACGCGCCAACGCCUUUCCUCAUCCCUCCGAACCUCUUCCUCUCCGCCCUCCGGUAGUGGUGAGUGCGGGCGUGGUUAUUGGCACACCUGACUUGCACACCUCCCUCAUCCUCUCUUUCCCCCUUCAUCCUCUCUCCCCCCCUUCAUCCUCUCUCCCCCCUGUCCUCCUCUCUCUCCCCUGUCAUCCUCUCCUCCUCUUGUCUUCCUCCCACCCUUAUCAUCCUCUCCCCCCCUGUCCUCCUCUCUCCCCCCUGUUCUCCUCUCUCUCCUCCGUCCUCCUCUCUCCCCCCUGUCCUCCUCUCUCCCCCCUGUUCUCCUCUCUCUCCUCCGUCCUCCUCUCUCCCCCCUGUCCUCCUCUCUCCCCCCUGUCCUUUCCGUUCUUUCCCCUUUAUUGGUCACUCUUUUCCCCUUCUUUCCCCUUUAUUGGUCACUCCUUUCCGCUUCUUCCCCCUUUCUUGGUCACUCCUUUCCCCUUCUUUCCCCUUUACCAGUCACUCCUUUCCCAUUCUUUCCCCUUUAUUGGCCACUCCUUUCCCCCCCUUCAUCCCAGUUUCCGCCAUCGUUUCCCACUCCUUCCCCUCUCCUCCCCACUCCUUCACUCUCCUUUCCAUUCCUUUCCGGUUGCGUUUUUCAUGCCCUGCCAUUGCUCUGCCACUCUCCACUUUUCCCCGCGUGCUCAGCUGAGUGUGGGUGCAGGCUGCAGCAGGGCAGCGGGGCGCCAUGGAGGGGAGGACAUGGGCGCCACGCUACCACACGAGCCGUAG